AUGAGCGCCCCUGGCCCCUUCUCCGUGGACGACGGCGCCUGGGACCUGCUGCUGACCCACCUGACGCGGCUGGACGGGCCCCAGCUGGAGGAGUUCAAGCUGCAACUGCAGUCGCGGCGGCUGCUGUCCCCCGCCUCCUGGCCCUUCUCCUGGGCCGAUCUGCGCGCCCUGGAGCCCUCCGCCCUGCUGGGCCUGCUGCACGCGCACUUCCCGGAGGGGGAGGUGUGGGGCCUGGUGGCCGGCGCCCUCCGGAGCAUGAACCUGACCUCGCUGAGCGAGGAGGUGGGAGCCGCCAGGGCUGAGAUGCUGAGGAUGCGGGAGCCCCAAGACCCCGUCCAAGAAUAUGCGGAGGUGCCAGAAGGAGAAGCCCACAGGAGGUACCGGGAGCGCGUGAGAGCCAGAGUGCUGGCCAUGUGGGACCAGACGCCCUGGCCUGAAGGCCACGUCCACCUCCGCAGCGUGACGGCGCUGGAGCACGAGGAGCUGCAGGCCGUCCUGAGCCCGGGCCGAUCCGGCGCCCAGCCCCUCACCGUGGUCCUGGAGGGCGGCGCGGGCGUGGGGAAGACCACGGUGGCCGCGAAGGUGCUAUUGCACUGGGCCGAGAGCCUGCUCUUCGAGCGCCGCUUCUCCUGGGCCUUCUACGUCAGCUGCCACGCGCUGCGGGACGCGGGCAGCACCAGCCUGGCCGGCCUGCUCUCCCAGGACUGGCCCGACUCGCCGCUCCCUGUCGCCGAGUUCCAGCGGCGCCCCGAGCGGCUGCUGUUCAUGGUGGACGGCCUGGAGGAGCUGGACGUGCCCCCUGGGCUGGGCGCGGCGCCCCCCGGCCUGGACUGGCACCAGGAGCUGCCGGCGGCCAGGCUGCUCCUGCACUUGCUGAAGAAGGAGCUGGCCCCGGCGGCCACCCUGCUGGUGACGGCGCGGGACUGCCGGCGCCGCGCGCUGGGCCCGCUGCUGGUGCGGCCCUGGUUCCUGGCCGCGCGCGGCUUCGCGGAGGCCGACCAGCUGGAGUACUUCAUCCGCUUCUUCGGCGACCACAGGCGGGGCAAGAAGACCAUCCAGUGGCUCCGGAAGCACGAGGCCCUGGGCCGCGCCUGCCACGCACCGCUGGUGUGCUGGGUCCUGGGCUCCGCCCUCAAGUGGGGCGCGGCCCAGGACCCGCUCUUCCAGCUGGACGACCAGACGGCCACGGGCCUCUACGCCGGCUUCCUCCAAGGCCUGCUGGCGCCCGAGGUGGGGCAGGCCGGGCCCGGCUGGCCGGAUGCCUGGAGGGCGCUCUGCGGGCUGGCGGCCCAGGGCCUCUGGCUCUCCCGCCACACCUUCUCCCCGGAGGACCUGGCGCCCUGGGGCGCCGCGGCGCCCCUCCUGGACCUGCUCUUGCGGGCCUGCGUCCUGCGGAAGGUCCCCGGCUGCGAGGGCUGCGUCACCUUCACCCACCACAGCUUCCAGGAGUUCCUGGGGGCCCUGUUCUACGUGCUCCGGGGCGCGUGGGGCGCCGUGGGCCCCCGCACCAAGAGCCAGGAGGUGCGGGAGCUGCUGAGCGGCGCCCUCCUCGGCGGAGGCGCCUACUGGGCCCAGACGGCGCUCUUCCUCUUCGGCCUCCUGAACAGAGACCGCGCCAGGGCCCUGGCCGGCGAGCUGCGCUGCGAGCUGGCCCCCCGGGCGGCCGACGAGCUGCUGGAGUGGGCCGAGGGCCUGGCGGGGGGCCUCUCCGCGCACCUGGACGCCCUGCGCCUCUUCCUCUGCCUGCACGAGGCCGGGGACGAGGACGUCGCCCGGCAGGUCCUGGGCCUCCUCUUGGAGGCCGAGGUGGCCGUGGUGGAGCACGCCCAGCUGCGCGCCGCCGCCUUCUGCCUGCCGCUCUGCGGGCGCCUGAGGAAGCUGAAGCUGGCCAUCCGCGGGCUCGUCCCGCCCACCAGAGCCAUCUGUGGCCCGCCAGCCCCCGGGGCGAGGCCGGUGGCGGCGGAGCUGAGCCAGUGGCGGGCCGUGUGCGCCGUGUGCGGCGGCGGCGUCCUGCGGGAGCUGGAGCUGAGCGGCAGCAGCCUGGCCAUGUCGUCCAUGCGCGCGCUGUGCGAGGAGCUGCGCAGGCCGCGCUGCAGGCUCCAGAGGCUGGCGUGCACGGCCAUCACCCCCAUGGGGCUGCUGAAGGAGCUGGUGGUCGUCCUGCACGGGAACAGCCGGCUGACCCACCUGGACCUGAGCGCCAACAACCUGGGCGUCACCGUGGCCAAGAUGCUCUUCCAGACGCUGGGCCACUCUGCCUGCAACCUCCGGUGUCUCUGGAACAGCAGCCUGAGCUUCCUCAGCCUGGGGGACAACAACCUGGGGACCCUCAGGGAGGAGAGUGCCCAGGGGACGUCGGGGGGCACCGCUGAAGUCCCCCCGGGGAGGAUCGCAGGGAGCACUUCUGGGAGCAGCCCUGCGGCCGGGCAGCGCCCCCUGAAGGAGCUGUCCCUGGAGAAGUGCAGCCUGUCGGCCGCCGCCUUCCAGCACCUGGCCCCGCAGCUCAGCAGCCUCCAGCAGACCACGCGGCUGUGCCUGGGCCUGAACCCCCUCGGGGACGAGGGCGUCCGGCUGCUGUGUGCAUCCCUGGCGCGUCCCGAGUGCGCCCUGCAGAGGCUGGAGCUCCGGCUCUGCCAGCUGGGUGCCCCCAGCUGCGGGUAUCUGGCCGACGCGCUCCCCCAGAACAGGAGCCUGACGCACCUGAGCCUCGGGAGGAACCACCUAGGGGACGAGGGGGUGACGCUGCUGUGUGUGGCCCUGGGGCGCCCGGGGUGCAGGCUGCGAAGGCUGGACUUGUCCAGCUGCGCCUUCGGGCAGGAGGGCUGCCGGGAGCUGGCCGGAGCCCUGGGGCGCAACCGCUGCCUGGACACGCUGGACGUCGGGCACAACGGCCUCGGGGACGAGGGCGUGCGGCUGCUGUGCGAGGCCCUGCGGCCCCCCGAGGGCUCCCUGGUCACUCUCGGGCUGGAGAAGUGCGGCCUCACGCCCGCCGGCUGCCCCCACCUGGCCUCCGUCCUCAGAAGCAGCCAGAGCCUGGUCGGCCUCAACCUCCUGGGGAACAGCCUGCGGCCCGAGGGGUUCCACGUGCUCUGGAAAACCCUGGCCAGGCCCACGAGCAGGCUGCAGAAGCUGGGACUCGAGAGAGACUUGUACCGGGGCGUGCAGGAGGAGCUGGCGGCCUUGCAGGAGGCGGGGUCCGGCCUGAGGAUCAAGUGUAAGUGGGAUUUUGAUGACGCUGAAGACAAGUGGUGGUGGCCGGCGCACCACUGAGAGCCGCGUUGGCCGUGGAAGUUCUGGAAGGCCCCGGAGUGCUGCCGCCCCAGGAACCCCUGCCCUGGUGGUGCCCAGGCAUCCAGCCCACGCCCUGAGCGAGGCCCCCGGGACCCUGACCUGGUGUUGCGUCUGGCCCAGGUGCAGGGUUGGCUGUGCCCAACGUUCCCCGACUGCCCUCACACCCCGCACACCCCCCACCCCCCUCUGUGAUGUGGUCACUCUUGAGACUCACACGAUCAAUAAAGCAAAGCAU